UCAAGAGAGAAUUCUUGCGGAGGUACUUUCCUGAGGAUGUUAGAGGCAGGAAAGAGAUUGAAUUUUUGGAGCUGACACAAGGUAACAUGACUGUGCCAGAGUAUGCGUCCAAGUUUGUGGAGCUAGCAAAGUAUUAUGUUCACUAUAACAAUGAUGAAGCGAGCGAAUUUUCGAAGUGUGUUAAGUUCGAGAAUGGUCUCCGUGAUGAAAUUAAGCAGGGAAUCAGGUACCAAAGGAUUCGUCGGUUUGCUGAUUUGGUAGAUUGUAGUAGAAUCUACGAAGAGGACAACCUGAAGCUGAAGUCAUCUCACUCCCGUGAGUUAGUUGACAAGAAAGGGAAGAAGCCUAUGGACCGUGGUAAACCAUAUGGUAGAGGUAAUUAUAAAGCUGGAAGUUGGAAGAAGCCUAGUGGGGGAGACUCUAGUGCUCCUGUUAAGUGCUUUAAGUGUGGGGAACCUGGACAUCGUGUUCACGAGUGCAAAAGUGAAGAGAAGAAGUGCUACCGGUGUGGUAAAGCAGGCCACAUUGCUGCUGACUGCAAAGGAAGGACUGUGACUUGUUAUAACUGUGGUGAAGAGGGCCAUAUCAGUCCACAGUGUCCUAAGCCAAAGAAGAAUCAAACUGGGGGUAAAGUUUUCGCUUUAUCAGGUUCAGAGACUACUCCGGAGGAUCGAUUGAUUAAAGGUACGUGUUUUAUCCAUGGCACUCCUUUAAUUGCAAUAAUAGAUACUGGAGCAACUCACUCGUUUAUUUCAUUGGAUUGUGCUAAACGUCUGAACUUGGAAAUAUCUGAUAUUCAUGGAAGUAUGAUCAUUGACACUCCUGCGUCGGGUUCAGUGACUACUUCGUUUGCCUGUUUGAACUGUCCAAUUGAUAUUUUUGGUAGAGAGUUCGGAAUGGACUUAGUAUGCCUUCCGUUGGAACAACUUGAUGUCAUCCUGGGUAUGAAUUGGUUGCAAUUUAAUCGGGUUCAUAUCAACUGUUUCACGAAGACAGUUAUUUUUCCUGAAGAUGUCAGAGUCGAGGAUUUAGCAAUGACUGCUAGACAAGUGGAUGAAGCCAUGAAGGGCGGGGCCGCCGUGUUUAUGUUGAUUGCAUCCAUGGAAGUGAAGAAGAAAGCGGUGAGUAGUGAUUUACCAGUAGUAUGUGAAUUUCCAGAAGUUUUUCCAGAGGAUGUAAGAGAGUUACCGCCAGAGAGGGAGGUAGAAUUUGCUAUUGAGUUAGUCCCUGGGACUAGUCCUGUGUCGAUGGCGCCGUAUCGUAUGUCGGCAUCUGAAUUAGCAGAAUUGAAGAGUCAACUGGAAGAGUUACUGGAAAAAGAAUUCAUUCGUCCUAGUGUGUCGCCGUGGGGUGCGCCGGUGUUGUUGGUAAAGAAGAAGUGCUUGACCAACUUAAAGCUAUCACAUGUGGUUCAACAAAGUGAUAUAAUGAAGGUGAUUCUUCUUUUAAGCUUGAAAGAUCUUAAGUUUCCUGAAAUUAUAGAUCUUGAAAAGAGAACUCUCUAA